GAACAUAAACGUGGCAUUACGUAGAUAAUAGUAAAUGGUGCUGAGCUGUACUUAUUCUAUUUUUGAUAGUAGGUGAAACUUAAAAAAAUGAUUCUUCAUUGGAAACUUAUGAUUGUCACAAAUGUUUUAGUUUUGUUCGGUGCACUCUUGGGAGACUCCCAAGAAUUCUCACCUGAUGUCCGUUCGUUAUGCCCUGGAGUCUGUGCGGUCCGGCGACCUCCUUGUAAUGCAGCAGGCUUGUGGUGGACAGUUUUAGCUAGCAAUUCCUCCAUUGGGCAAUGCGGGACAUUGAACAACCAGUAUCCUUGCAAAUGUUUGGGAUAACAAGAUAACCACCAGGUCCUGUCCACCUUACAUUACAGAAUACAACAUGACAUCAUUUGGUUACAACACUCAGAGGUGUUGUUAUGACCAGCAGUUCCAAGAAUUAUAUCUUAUAGAUAAAUAUGAUGAUUGGUUGGUCGUCGCAGUGACUGAUAAGUAUACUGGAGAAACUCUGAUUGGGUCUGUCCUGGAUACAGAUGGUUUUAAAUCCUUUUUAAUUAUUUACGCAUGUAACGCAAGAACAGCUAAUGGAGAUCCAAUCGUAAACGUUAUUUCCAGAGACAUCAGAGGACUGACCCCGAAAACUAAAAGGAGAGUUGAAGCUGCCCUCAGAGCAAACAAUAUAUGCCCGGAAAAACUGAUAGAAGUUAACAGAAGGAAUUGUCCACGUUAUGUGUGUUAACAUGAAUGGUAGAUAAAAGAUUAUUCAGAAUUCAGACAUAAAAUAUAAGAUCAAAUAAAA